CACGAAUUGGCAGAUGAGAUCGGUGUUGCGUUGACUGGAGGCAAGGCAAAUGUUGGCCAGCCUGGUUACUUGGCUGCCUACCUCAGGCAACUUCAGACAAACCCCCUCCGAACCAAGAUGCUGACAUCCGGGUCAUUAUCUGCUUUACAAGAACUGCUCGCAUCGUGGAUUGCAAAGGAUCGUAAUAAGAAUGGUCAUUACUUCACUUCCCGAGUCCCGAAGAUGGCUGCAUAUGGAGCUUUCAUCAGCGCACCAUUGGGUCACGUCUUGAUCAACAUCCUCCAGAAGCUGUUUGCCGGCCGAACCAGCUUGAGGGCCAAGAUCCUCCAGAUUCUUGUCAGCAACCUAAUUAUUGCUCCUAUCCAGAACACUGUAUACCUGAUAUCAAUGGCCAUUAUCGCCGGCGCGAGGACCAUUCAUCAAGUCCACGCGACCUGGAAGGCGGGUUUCAUGCCUGUCAUGAAGGUCAGCUGGGUCACUUCCCCUCUGACUCUCGCCUUCGCGCAGAAAUUCCUUCCCGAGCAUGCCUGGGUCCCAUUCUUCAACAUUGUUGCAUUUUGCAUUGGGACAUACGUCAACUCCGUCACCAAGAAGAAGCGUCUUGCAGCUUUGAGAAAGAGACACUUUGAUGAGAGCCGGGGAGGCAGAGAUGACUACCCCGGA